AUGACACAAUCAGCCGAAGAUUUUUUCAGAUUAGCAACCAAGGUAGUUGACACUAAAUUCGAUGGUGAUCCAUCAAACCUUGCAGCUUUCAUUGAUCAAGUUGAACUCUUGAAACCCAUGGUAAAAGACAACAAUAUUCCAAAUUUUAUCAAAUUCGUGAGCACACAUUUGGUCGGUAAGGCAAGAGAGGCUUUACCUGAAAACCCACAAAGUGUUAAAGAAAUUAUCGAUGCAUUGAAAAGAGAAAUUAAAUUCGAAUCAUCGCGCGUUAUUGAAGGAAAAAUAACCGCAUUACGUGUCGAUAAACGAGGAACAGGUAGAUUCGCAGAACAGGCGGAAAAACUAGCAGAAGAAUUUAGACGCAGCCUCAUUUUCGAGGGUCAUACAAAAGCCAAGGCACAAGAAAUGACUGUCCGCAAAACAGUCGAAUUGUGUUAUAAGUCAACUCGUUCUGACACAGUCAAAGCAGUCUUGGCAGCAACGUCAUUCGAAACGCCAAGCGAAGUAGUUUCGAAGUUUGUUGUCCAACAGGACACAGUGCGUCAGGAUAGUUGGGCAAAUAAAAAUAACAACGGUGGGAGUGGUUACCAAAAUCGUAGACCUGGUCGCGGGGGUCGCGGUAAUUAUCGCAAUAAUUUUCAGCGAAAUCAAAAUAAUUCCAACCAAAACCGAAACUAUGGCCAAAAUCGCGGUAGCAACAACAGUGGACGUGGCUAUCGUGGCCAUCGUUCAUAUCGUAACAAUAAUGGUAACCAAAAUGGAAACCGCCAAGAACAGGUUUUACGUAUCGUGGGCUCGGAAAACUCAUCGGGCCCCUCCCAGCUCCAUCGAACGACAGCAAUGUCAGAUUCGAACUAUUGA